UUUGCAUACCGCCAUAUUAGAACAACCCCGCCUCCUAUUGAGGACCGCUAGACAAAGUGUGUGACACUUUCAGCCUUUGCUACGGGUUCUGUUAAUCACUUGGCUAUUUUAUGUGCCUUUUCUAUCUCUUGGAAAAAAAAAACAUCUGUUUGAGGAGAACGGGUCUUCCUAUUUUAUUUUCCCUUUGUAUGCUAUUUUAUUAACGGAGUCUCCAGUGUUUACCUGUUUGCGGAAUUUAAAAUCUUUCGUUCUUGUUUGGUGAAAUUAUUAUUUUUUUGUUUGUUUUGGGCAAUGGCGACUUCCACACCGGUUGGACAGCGAGCAAGCCGCCGAAGUAGUACCUCUGGUACGCCUUUGAGUCCCACGCGCAUCUCUCGGCUGCAGGAAAAGGAGGAAUUGCGGCAGCUUAACGACCGGCUCGCCAUUUAUAUCGAGAAGGUGCGUAGUCUGGAGUCUGAGAACAAAGUGCUGCAGGUGCAAAUCACCGAGCGCGAGGAGGUACGCAGCCGAGAGCUGACCAACCUCAAGUCCUUGUAUGAGACGGAGUUGGCUGACGCUCGACGCUCCCUGGAUGAUACUGCACGUGAGCGGGCUAGACUGCAGAUUGAGCUGGGCAAGAUAAAGGCAGACCACAGUGAGCUGCUCCAGAACUGUGCAAAGAAAGAAUCUGAUCUAAAUGGGCUGCAAGCAAAACUUCGGGACCUUGAAUCACUUCUCAAUAACAAGGAAGCUUCAUUGGCAACAGCAGUUUCUGAACGGAAGGCUUUGGAGAAACAAGUACAUGAUGUUAAAGUUCAGAUUUCUCAGCUGGAAAGUGCAUUAGAAAUGACCAGAAAACAACUGAGUGAAGAAACUCUAUUGAGAGUUGAUAUUGAGAAUCGAUGUCAGAGCCUUUCAGAAGAGCUGGAGUUCCGAAAUAAUGUGCAUGAACAGGAACUGAAGGAGUCUAGGCGAAUACAUGAGACCCGCUUGGUGGAAGUGGAUUCUGGGCGCCAAAUAGAGUAUGAGAGUAAGCUAGCCGAUGCCCUUCGUGAGUUGAGAGAGCAGCAUGAAGAGCAAAUCAAACUCUACAAAGAAGAAAUGGAGCAAACCUUCCAUGCUAAGCUGGAGAAUGCAAAGUUGGCAUCCGAGAUGAGCAGUAGUAGUGCGAGCGCUUCCAGGGAAGAACUCAAGGAAAGCCGGAUGCAUAUUGAGAGCCUUUCUUCUCAGCUCUCGCGUCUACAAAAAGAGUCCAGAGCCUUGCAGGAUAGAAUUCUGGAGCUUGAGAACACACUUACAAAAGAGAGAGAAGCAACCCGUCGGCUGUUAACGGACAAGGAGAGAGAGAUGGCAGAGGUCCGUGCCCAAAUGGAACAGCAGCUGAGUGAAUACGAGCAGCUUUUAGAUGUGAAAUUAGCACUUGAUAUGGAGAUCAGUGCAUAUAGGAAGCUACUGGAGGGAGAAGAAGAGAGGCUGAAACUCUCCCCAAGUCCAUCUUCAAAAGUGACAGUCUCUCGUGCAUCCUCGAGCCGUAGUGUUCGUACAACCCGAGGGAAGAGAAAACGUCUUGAUGUUGAGGAGUCUGAAGCUAGCAGUAGUGUGACAAUUGCUCACUCUGCAUCAGCCACAGGGAACAUCGGUGUUGAGGAGAUAGAUGUAGAUGGGAAAUUCAUCCGCUUAAAGAACACUUCUGAACAGGAUCAGUCAAUGGGUGGCUGGGAAAUGACUAGGCAAAUUGGAGACACUGCUGUUAACUUCAGGUUUACCUCAAGAUACAUACUAAAGUCAGGCCAGUCUGUGACUAUAUGGGCUGCAGAUGCUGGUAUAAUGGCCAGCCCUCCCUCUGACCUCGUGUGGAAGAACCAGAAUUCGUGGGGCACUGGCAAAGAUGUUAAAGUCGUACUUAAAAAUUCUCAGGGAGAGGAAGUUGCACAAAGGUCUACUGUUUUUAAAACUAACCUAUCUGAGGAAGAAGCAGAAGAGGAGGAAGUGGAGGAGGCAUCAAGAGAACGAGCAGCAGUCCGGGCAGCGCGUGUUUUUACCAGGGAAGAGCACAGUUUUCACCAUCAGGGAGAAUCGAGGGCUGCUAGCAAAAGCUGUAUAAUUAUGUGAAGUAUUUUUGAUGAGCCUCUGAAAACCUUGCAGUCUACACUGACCCUUCUGAAGCACAGAAAAUAUUUUUAUAGUUUCCUUACAAUAACUUUUUAAGAGGGACCAUUGUUUUUUUAUACCGUAGACCACCUUGACACUACAGACAUGUACAGGGGUUCUGUAGCUUUUUUGUAGUUAAUCAUUGGCGCUGGGUUCUUUAAGGACCCAUAAAGAGGUUUGAUAUUUGAGACUGGAAUGUGCAAAAUUUGGAGUAUUUAAUAGCCCUUUGCCUCCUGUCAUGCCGCAUUCUGUAUGUAAUCCACUUUUAAGUAUUUCAUUUCAGUGAUGCAGUACAGCUAAUGUGCCUGUAUAACAUUGGUACUGUAGAAAGAUCUUUUGUACAAAGUAAGGAUUUUAUCUUUUAAAAUUAGUAAACCUCUUUGUCUUGGAAUACAUAUGUACUUAUUUAUAUUAUGGUAUUCUUUGCUCCAACUUUACUCAAGCAUGUUACAGGCAGAAUCGGGUGACAUGGGGGGGUUUGCCAGAAUCUGGCAGCACUUUUGAGUGAUGACUACUGGACCCAACUUGCUGCGUAAAAGUUUUGAAAGUGCUCAUGCAUUAAAAUUGUAUAAGUUUACAGAUGGGAUUAUGGCUGUAUGAUUUGGGGCUUUGCACUCAAGUUUUUAUGAAAAGCUUCUUGACCAGUCCUUACUAUUUGGUUUGUUUGCCUUUGUUUCCCUAGGGGUGCAACAAUUACUGUUACAUAGUCAGUGAUGACGGCAGUAGCCACAUUUCAGGCUUGCUGUUAGUUUCUUUAACUUGGUGCUGUGAAGAAAUAAACAUCAGUAUUGGGGUUUUGUACUGUUUUGUUUAUAUGAUGUAAUCAAGUUUUUAUACAUAUAUAAAUAUAUAAAAAGGGUAUUGUUUUACAGGUAUAGAUACCGGCAUGGUGAUAUUAGAUGGGAUAGCUGUUGUGUUUUUAUUGUGCUAGAAUUUAAACCAUAGUGGUACACCAUGCAGUAGAGUCUUUUAAAAUAUUGAAGGGGGGUUUCUUAUGUAUAUUGUCAAAUAAAGUUUUUUAAUAAGA